GUGAAAGCACCUCAGAGGCAACGCUGUGACCUGAAACAGAGGUACAUUUUCUUCAUCACCUAACUGCAAGCGAUAUCAAACCUGCUCAAUCUCCUCAGGGGUCCAGGUCUUCAACACGUCAACACUCCGACAGAGAGCAGUUGGUUCAGAGUGGUAAGAGAAGAGAGGAACGCGGGUGAGACUACGAGAAGAAUGUCCUGAGUCUGUGAAGGUGUUUCAUGUGUUCCGCUGUUUCGUUGGUAACAAUGGAUCAUGUCAAGGCAACCACAGAUAAUUACUAUAUUGAUGACAACAGCUACUACAGCUAUUCACCUGAAACAGGCAGCAGCCAAUCCAGUGGCGUGCCCUGCAACCAGGAUGGCAUCAUGGACUUCACCCGGAGCUACUCCCCUGUGGUCUACAGCCUGGUGUUUGUGUUGGCGUUGGUGGGUAACAUCCUGGUGCUGUGUGUGGUGAGGCGCUACCGCACCUCUCAGACAGGCGGGGCCUGCUCCUUCUCCCUCACCGACACCUUCCUGCUCCACCUGGCCGUGUCCGACCUCCUGCUGGCCCUCACGCUGCCCCUCUUCGCCGUCCAGUGGGCCCGCCAGUGGGUGUUCGGCGUGGCCGCCUGCAAGAUUUCCGGAGCCCUGUUCUCUCUGAACCGUUACAGCGGCAUCCUGUUCCUGGCCUGCAUCAGCUUCGACCGCUACCUGGCCAUCGUCCACGCCGUCAGCACCGGCUGGAAACGCAACACCUGCCAUGCCCAGAUCGCCUGCGCCCUCAUCUGGACAGUGUGCUUGGGCCUGAGUGGGGUGGACAUCGCCUUCAGACAGGUGGUGAAGGUGGAAGUGGGGCGCUCAGGGGAUCAUCAGGGCCUGCUGGUGUGCCAGACGGUGUUCACCUACAGCUCAGUCCAGUGGCAGGUGGGGAUGCCGCUAGUAAACUUGGUGCUGGGCUUUGGGCUGCCCCUGCUGGUCAUGCUCUACUGCUACAUCCGUAUCUUCCGCUCCCUUUGCAACGCCUCGCGCCGCCAGAAGAGGAAGUCCCUCCACCUCAUCGUAUCCCUGGUGUCAAUGUUUGUGCUCUGCUGGGCGCCCUACAACUCCUUCCAAUUGGCCGAAAGCCUGCAGAAGCUGGGCGUGAUUAGUGGUGGCUGCCAGUUUGGCCGCACGGUGGACAUCGGGAUCCUGGUGUCUGAGAGCAUGGGGCUGUCACACUGCGCCCUGAACCCGCUGCUGUACGGCUUUGUGGGGGUGAAGUUUAGGAGGGAGCUGACCAGAAUGUGGAAGGGGCUGCUGGGCCAGAGGUUCUAUCCAGGGAUGGAGGGAUGGGGAGGACAGAGGAGAACACGGAAGCCCACCGGAUCCUUCAGCUCAGCAGAGAGCGAGAACACCUCCUACUUCUCUGUCAUGGCAUGAGCCAGGCACGUGCACAGUUAGGGAUCUACCUGUGCCCAAGCACCUGCCCCUUGCCCUCUCACUUGCAAAGUGCCCUUUUGGGUGGUGGUAUAAUUAUACUUUUUUUGUAUACACUUUUUGUUGUUGUUCUGAACCCACAAGUCAUCGUAAAGUUGUGAAGUUCUCCACCCCCCCAUCCCGUCCAUUGGUCUGCCCUGUAUAGAGCUUAAGUGCGUCCGGUAUCCAAACAUGCAUGGCUUGAGAUGCAGUCACCGGUCGAGUCUGUGUAGCAAGCUACCUAGUUUAAAUAUCAACAGUACUGCCACAGCAGCAUAACAUUUGAUUUACAUCAUCAUCAAUAUUUGGUCUGGCCUACAAAGCCUACGCACAGCAGAAAGGCAGAAGACAUAGAGAGGAGCAGCUGCAUCUACGCUCUAUGACCCUCUGACCCAACUCCAUUCCUUCAUCAGUCGGGUGUUGCACAUGUGUGUCAGGGCAGCAGCAACACAUGUAGUCUAGACUUUAGCUAACCACAGUAUACUAAAAUAUCCACACAAGCCACUAGCCAGCCAGCCAUAUAGCAUGAGUUAGGAGAGUAUGAAUAUUAUAGUAUAGUAUGAAGUUAUUAUUUAAGAGAAAUCCCAAUCAAAAAAAAUGCUAGUUAACUAUCAGAUUUACAUCAAUCAUCAACACAAUGAUCAGUUGAUAACCUUUCCCAAUGUCAAUCAUGUGUUGAGGAGGCACUGCAACUAGCUUGCUUACAAUUUUUGAUGAGUGAGUGUGUUGUUGGAAAAAUAAAUAGGCCUAUGCUAAAACAUGUUUGUUUUUUAUCCCUACAGAGGCAGUUAGUGUGUUAUGAAUUUAGAGACGUUAUUAUUUUUUAAAGGUGGUUGUCACUA